AUGUCCGUCUUUGAUAACCCCGCCCUCAUCAAAGAGUGCAGCGGUGCAGUGGCUUCAAUCUACGCGGACGUCGUCGGCCACCUCACCGCCGAUUUACCCCGGCUUCCGCGACCGUUUGAGAGCAUUACCGAAGGACACAGUCUGGGACCCGUUGGUCCGGAGAUUUUGAGGGUUGUAGAGGGGUUGGCUUUUGAGGUUCUGGGGCUGUGCGCGGCAGCGGGCUAUAGCGUGGAUUUGAGCGACUAUACAGCAGCAGCACCACCACCACCGCCGCCGUCACCAUUGUUAGGAGGAUCGGAGUCGGUGAUCGAGCGUCUCGACGGAGAGAUUGAGCGGACCUACCGCCGGUUUUACGACUAUGUCUACGCGGACCUGCCGUUUUGUUGGAGGUUGUUGUAUACGGAGCUCAGUCUGCUCAAGUUUUCGGCGGUGGCGUUUUUGUAUGUUGCCAAGAGGGCGGCGCGGGGCGGGAAGACGGAGAAGAAAGAUGAAGAGGAAGAGAGUGAGGAAGAGGGAGACGAUGAAGGAAAAGUGCUGGAUGAUCUCGUGGCCGUGCUAGACAAGGCGCUCAUCCUCGCCGGCGGGGCGGGCUUGACGCGCGGGAGGAGGACGAUUUCGAGAUUGCUCGGGUACCUCGACGACGCGGCGCCAUCGUCUUCACCGCGUUCGCCUCUCCCGGCGAGGUUUCCUUCUUCGCGGACGUUUACGCCGCCCGUGGCCCGGCCUAUUCGUGCCGUUGAUCGCAUGUCGAUGUCGGCGUUUCAAGCGUACCUGGACGGUCGGUCUCGUCUAGACAAGGAGGCAAGUGUGGGCGAAGACGUGGACAUGGGGCCGGAGCCGCUGGUUCUGACGUCGCUGAUGACGGAGUGGCCUGCGCUCUCUACGAGACCGUGGUCGUCGCCUGGGUACUUGAUGUCGAAGACGCAUGGUGGGCGGAGGCUUGUGCCGGUGGAGGUCGGGCGGAGUUAUGUUGAUGAGGGGUGGACGCAGGAGUUGAUCCCGUUCCGGGAACUGUUGGCGCGCGUGGUUGCGUCUGGGUCUCCGUCGACUGCAGCAUCGACAGCGACACCAAUCACGACGAGGACAACAACAAUAACGGGGUCGGAAAAGGGAACGGAAAAGGGCACGACGUACCUCGCCCAACACGAACUCUUCGCGCAGCUCCCGCGCCUGCUCAACGACAUCCUCACGCCGGACCACUGCUUCACCUCGCCGCCGGCGCACCCGUUCAACAAGGCCGCCGACAAGCCGGAGCUCGACGUGCCGUUGGUGAAUGCGUGGUUUGGCCCCGCGGGGACGAUUACCCCGUUGCAUACGGACGGGUAUCAUAACCUGCUGUGCCAGGUUGUCGGGGAGAAGUACGUGCGUUUAUACGCGCCGCGGGAUUCGGAGGCGUUGUGUCCGAGGGGGUUUGAUGGUGAUGACGAUUUUGACGCCGACGAUGGAAACGAAGGAGAAGAAGGGGGUGAAGAUGGAGAUGGAAAGAGAGGUCAGGGGAUGAAGAAGGUGGACAUGAGCAACACCAGCGCCUUUGACGUCGGCGCCGUGGAGGGCUGGGACCCGGACACGGAGGGCCGGGAUCCGAUGGAGCUCGAGGAGUUUCGGGGGCUGCGGUACUGGGACUGUGUGCUCGGCCCGGGAGAAGUGUUGUAUAUUCCCAUCGGGUGGUGGCAUUACGUCCGCAGUCUGAGUGUGAGCUUCAGCGUGAGCUUUUGGUGGAAUGGGGAUCAUUAUGUUGGUCCGCAGGGGAGGGGAGACGAGUGA